AUGAGACUACCGCGGCCUCUAUCCACCGAGUACGUGAUUGCGUCUGUUGGUCGAGACAUUCAAGCUGCUGCUCGAUCAAGCUAUCCAUCAAGACACACACCAUUCGUGCAACCGUUCAGCACGUCUCCCUGUCUCUUACAGAAGAACCGCAUCUUCACCCCGUUCCGCACACCGCCCCAAUUUUACGAUGCUCUCCGUCUCAUAUCUGCCAACAAUACGCUGCUGUUGACGCUCUUUACCACCUCAGCAUGCACACCUUGCCGCACGAUAACCCCCUUACUCACCUCGCUCAUCGAAACACGUCCUCCCUCCCCGGAAGAUAAGUACUCGCACCUCGCGUUUGCAGAACUCGAGCUCGACUCACCCGACAUGAGCAAUGGCAAGAUGCUCGACCUGGGCGUGCAGUACGCAGUCACCAGUAUGCCAACGUUGAUCGGAUUCGGCGGCAGAAGAGCAGAAAGAGUCACGGAACGGAUAGUCGAUACGAGGAUGUUAAGCAACGAAGGGGUCAUGGCAAAGUGGAUCGAUGAGGAGAUGAAGAAGGGCGAUCCAUUCCCAGGCCAAACGGGAACUGGAGGGCUUUUGAGCAAGAUAUUCGGAUCGUGA